AUUUUGUGGGCUGGGUCAUAAGCUUUUUUAAAUGCCAUAGUCCCUGAGCACUCUGAAGGCUGAACCAGUCUCACAUUUGGUCAAAGCCAACGAAAGGCCAGCAGCGAUGGAUGACGUCUACAAAGCAGCGGUUGAGAACUUGACUGAGGAGCAAAAAAAUGAGUUCAAGGCUGCCUUUGACAUCUUCAUCCAAGAUGCCGAGGACGGCUGCAUCAGCACUAAGGAAUUGGGGAAGGUGAUGAGGAUGCUGGGGCAAAAUCCCACACCGGAAGAACUGCAGGAGAUGAUUGACGAGGUGGAUGAAGAUGGCAGCGGCACAGUUGACUUUGAUGAGUUCUUGGUUAUGAUGGUCCGCUGUAUGAAGGAGGAGAGCAAAGGAAAACCAGAAGAAGAACUGGCCGAACUUUUCCGCAUGUUUGACAAGAAUGGCGAUGGCUACAUAGAUCUGGAGGAACUAAAGUCUAUGUUGGAGUCCACUGGAGAAUCCAUCACAGAAGAUGACAUUGAAGAGUUGAUGAAGGACGGAGACAAAAACAAUGACGGCAAAAUUGAUUAUGACGAGUUCCUGGAGUUCAUGAAAGGUGUUGAAUAAAGGAUUGCAAUGGAGGUCUGCACACGACGUUCGUUUCUUUUCUUCCGCCUGCUUCAGUGAUUCCUUCAGAUAGGCCGUCUGUCCAUUCGCUGUGUGCCUGAAGCAACAUGUGCGUGUCUUCAGAAGACAUCAAAACUCCCUGUCAUUGUAUUUGAAAAUAACUUCAGCAAAGCUCCAAGAUUGUUUUACAAAUCCCCAGUCACACAAAGAAAAUUUUAAAUAAACUAUUUUCAGAAUUA